AUGAAGGUCCUUCUUCUAUCUACGCUCUUCGCGUUAACCGCUGCUGAAACUUGCAUACGAUUACUACGGCACAGUGGGGAGAAGAAAAUCUUUCACACGAUACCAGGGCAUAUUUGGCGAUGGAAUCCUCUUACACAAGAAUUCGAAGAGAUCCAAGCUGUGAAACUGAACGGCACCGCAAUAUGUAGCGUAAAAAUGGCAAACGACUUGCGAGGAAGGACCAUCGUCGUCGCUGCAGAUGUCAUGCAUCCGUACAUUCUGAGGGUCGCCAACAACACUGGAGUGACUGGUUUCAUCGGAGACAUAUGGACUACUCUGGAAGAAGUCUUGGGUUUCAAGACGAUUUACCGAAAAGCAGGACCGUCGGCCAGCCAGACGCUGAUGAAUGGACAGGCUCACGCACUACUGGUAGCCACGGUGAUUUAUUCCGACACCUCCGGUUAUUACACUUACAGCACUCCGAUUACGACUAUCUCGUACGGCCUAUUCGUGCAGUCCGAUGGAACAAGAGUUUCACAGCAAUGGUACACGAAGGUCUUCAGUCGAGGACUGCGGUUGUGCAUCCUGAUGUUCGUUCUGGUCACCGCGGCCACCAUCGCAGGAGUGUAUUACCUACAGAAAAUUACACAGUCAAAUAACGUGGAGAGCGACCAUGAAUUUUCAUCGAUCUCGUUCGAUCUCCUCGUAGUCCUAAGCAGCCUGAACGGUCAAGGAUGCCAGAGAACACCGUUUUCGUGGCCGCUGAGGUUGAUUGUUCUGUCGCAUUUGAUAACAGGAAUGUUGCUGUACAACGGAUUCAGCAGCACCCUCACCUCUUAUCUAGCGAUACGUGGAAACUCUGUUCCGUUAACAAGCCUGGAGGAUGCGCUGCAGAAACGAAGUCACUCCGUUUGCGUGAGGAACGAUAGCCUUGCCUACAUUCACUUCACGGAGAACGGUUCGCCGUGGGGUGAAGUGAAGAAGGAGUGGAAGAAGCUAGUCAAUAACGACUGUCCAGACAUGAGAGACAUUAGUACGUUGGAUUCCCAACUUUGCAAGCCAGGUCUCGCUUACUUGGAGGUCCCAGACGUAUUUCUGCCGAUUUAUCGACGUGUUCAGCACGCUUGCCGUAUCGUUCAAACGCCUCAUCAUUACUGGCGUCUCAAGAUUUCAUUCCUGCAUGCUAGAUUUGCCGAGCAUCGAAACUUGAUAAACGUCUACCUGAUGCGACUGUACUCUGCGGGAUUGUUCAAGUACCUUGAAAGGAAAUGGAUGCCCGAGGGUAUAGAGAGCUCGGAAAAUCAACAGUCAAUGUUUCAACCGGUGGAAUACGCUCAUAUUCAUUUUCUACUCUUGGGGCUUAUUUACAUGAUGAUACUGAGUGCUUUCAUCUGCAUUCUGGAAAACAUUUGGUACAAGUUACGUACAAAAUAGUCAUUCUUCGGACAGGAUGUCGCUACAAUUAUUUAAUCUAACGCGAAUAUGAUUAACAAGAAUUGAAGACAUUUCAGGGUCACGGUAUAGUAGAUCGCUCAACUCGUCUUUUCACCGGCUACAAUGUUACGAAUGUCACCCCUUACUUUAUCAGUGUCGUUUAAAACAAUCAGGGUGAUCUUGCAGCCGACCGAGUAACUGUUCUGCCAAACAUUUUUAUCAAAAAAUCGCGGGGUACGUUACGAUCAACAUUCUCUACACAUAUAUAAAAACAUGUUAAAAUAUUUCCAUUUCACUUCUUACCUUCUCCAACACGACUAGUUCAAACUUUUUCUCUGGAGCAACGGAAGAAACAAAAACCUCCUUCCCUGCAAUUUAUAAAGCAAUCUGAUCGUUAUUUAAUUCGUUCUUUAUUUGAUUUACACGUGCGUCAUUAAUAAAUAUCUCCAAUGAUAUUGUAUAAUAUUAGUGGCGCAAUCGAAAUAAUUCCCGCCCUCUAAGAGCUACUCGCACGACGCAUAAAAUUUUUCUUCAUCAUUCUCUCGCGUUCCAGCAUCGAUGAAUUAUUGGCGUUAUCUAGCUUCGCUUGUUUUGUAAAAUGUAACAUACAAAGAAAGGGUGUGGUUGCUGACAAUUUUGUUCUCACUCGUCAGUCGUCACCAAACGAGUAUAAAAAGAACCACUCGGACACAUCUUACGCGCUUAAAGUAUACAAUCGGCUUUUUCCUUCUAAUAACUAUACUUAACUAUACUUAACAAUACUUUGAAACAAUGAAAAAUAAAGAUUCACGGCACAUAGUUAACAGACGUAUCAGUUACAGAGUAGUUAUAUCGCGCCAAAUGACUUUCGCAUCGUUUCUCGUCCUUUUGCGAUUCGUUUGAUUUAAAAGAUCUCGAGGUUGCACGCGUGGAAACCUAUCGACACCACUUUUUUGUACAAAUAAUUUCUUAAAGUAGACUAUAAUUUGGUUUACACCUAUACACUGUAUACAAUCCUCUCGAUACAUCUGUAGCAAACGAAAGGAGAACUUUUUGAUUCGCUCGAAUACUGAGCAGCACGAGACAGAAUGAAAAUAUACACUUAAGCACAUUGAAAAAUAUUUCGUCUCGGCACCCAUAGUGCGUGAAAACGCAUCCCCUAGAUUAACGUACUAACUCCGCUCUAUAUAACUAGCCCGUAGCUUGUUUAUAAAAUUAAACUUCUUAAGCUUAAACGUUAGAUCCUGCCUGCAGAAAAUUACGGCACCGUGUUUGCGAUUCACGAUCGCUAUGGCUCAUCGAGAUCUUCGAGAAUCCUCCUGAUGCGAGCAAAGCAAAGUAAAUCGACCUUGAACAAUAGUACAUACCCUCUAUUUCGACCUAUGGGAAAGUAAUGUACCGCAGCUAAGGAUGAAAACGUUUGUAUCAAUUCGAUAAAUAUUCGGCGAUUAUACAGGUCGUUCCAGUUGGCAUGAGCGUUCGCGGAAAUUUGAUUGAAUCUUUCGUGUCGUGAAUGUACCUAUACUCGAAUCGACUGACGAUCGAAUAAUACAAGUAUAAAAGUAAAAAAUGACUUUACGUUCGCUUACGGUGCAAUGUCGGUCGGUUCGGUGAUCGAUCGCGAUGAACCACAGUGAACACUGAUUAGUCGGAAAACCUAUCGCUCUGGGUCGCGUUAAAAUAGCUAUAUAAGAAAGAGCAAUAAAUUCAUAUAAUGGUCCUAGUGCCUUGAUGGUCGCGUAGCGAGCAUUCCUAUCGAUUGUUCCGAAAGAAUCGAGACGCCUAAACGCGCAAAAGUUCUGCACCGUGAGAAACGCUCAACUUUCGUCCUAUACGCGAAAUCUCGGACCUUGGAUCGGUAUAUAAAAUUGCAUCUCUGGCAUUCGUUGCAAACAUACGGAGUCCCAAAAGUGUGGCACGUUGCGAUCUCGACGGUUCUCGAUAAAUCAACGAUCGAGGAUUCAACAAAUGGAAGUACU